CAGCUUUCUCUCAUUAGUAACUCCAACGACUAGGGAUUCCUCAUUCUUCCCACGGCAACUUAAACCCCUCAGAAGGCAUACCAAACUUUCACAUUGUGUCCCGAUUCUACGAGCUCCAUUGUCUUCUGCCGUAGUUCAUCCUGUCAACUAUAAUGCUGAGCAAUAUGGAUAGCUCACCUCCGCCCGAAGGUCGCGGCGCGAUCGACGCGAAACCGAAAUCCACCGUUCGGAAUCGGGUGCUCCGACGAGGCCGCCGAAUGAGGUCGUGUUUUGAAUGCCACCAAAGAAAACUCAAGUGUAAUAUGUCGCAUCCAUGUUCUAAUUGCACCAGGUUCUCGCGCAAUUGUCUCUACCAAGCCUCAGGUCUGCGUUCGGUCUCGCAACAGCGCCGCAACAAGCGCAGAACCUCAGCCGAUCUUCCUGGAGGCGAGAACAGUAGCUCUGAUAAUGAAGCUGCCGUCCCUGAAGACGAAAAUGGGCUUGAACCGACACCUUUGGCAGAUAUCGAUGCUUACGAAGCAAAUGACGAUGUCCUAGACCUGGGGAUCAGAAUAGGGAAAAUGCGGUUAACGGAGCGGCUGGGUGGAUUCUUCCGACCAAGACUCCACGAAGAGAUGGACAUUAUACUCUCAGAGCCCACCAAUGAUCGUCGCACACCCGACGAGAAGCGCUCAGCGAUACCUCAACUCCCGGAUCACAACAGUGACUUCCUAGCCCCUGGACCUUCUUACAUUGCCCCGGGAUCUGGGUUCUUGUUUGGAGAUGUCGGCAGUAAGAGACCCCUCAUCAAUUUCUUGCCGGCAAAAGCGGCGGCCGAUAUUUUGGUGCGCAACUAUUUUGAGAACGUUCAUUUCAUCGCUCGUGUUGUCCACUGGCCGAGCUUCCAGCUGCAUUAUGACAAUUUCUGGACUACGGUCCUUGCUGGCCUCGAACCUCCAGCGUGGCAACAAUCCAUCGUCCUCUCGGUCCUGUUCUCGGCCGUGGCAAGCAUGCCAGAGUCAGAG